AUGCCCCGGGUCACCUCACUGCUGCCUGCCCUGCUGUUCGUUCUCCUGCCGGGCCAGAGCCGGGGCUAUUUCCCCGAGGAGCGCUGGAGCCCAGAGUCUCCGCUCCUCGCUCCUCGGGUCGUCAUCGCGCUGGUCUGCCGCAACUCGGCGCACUCUCUGCCGCUGUUCCUCGGAACCAUCGAGCGCCUCGACUACCCGAGGGACCGCAUUGCGCUGUGGGUGGCGACAGAUCACAACAUAGAUAACACUACAGCCAUCCUGAGAGAGUGGCUCAUCAAGGUCCAGAAUGACUAUCACUAUGUGGAGUGGAGACCUGAUGAUGAAAGCAGUGCCUUUGAAGAUGAGGUGGGGCCUAAGCACUGGAACAGUCUUCGUUAUGAACAUGUCAUGAAGCUCCGUCAGGCAGCGCUGGAGACCGCCCGUGAGAUCUGGGCCGACUACCUCCUGGUGACUGACUGUGACAACCUGCUCACCAAUCCCAAUGUGUUGAGGAUGCUGAUGAGUGAGAACAAGACCAUUGUAGCACCCAUGCUGGAGUCCAGAGCUGCCUACUCUAACUUCUGGUGUGGCAUGACUUCUCAGGGUUACUACAAGCGUACACCAGCCUACAUGCCUAUCCGUAAGCGGGAGCGUCGUGGCUGCUUUGCCGUACCAAUGGUCCAUUCUACCUACCUGGUGGACCUGCAGAAAGAGGCCUCCCGUCAGCUGGCUUUUUACCCACCACACCCAGAGUACAGCUGGGCUCUGGAUGAUGUCAUCGUCUUUGCCUACUCAGCUCGCAUGGCAGAUGUGCAGAUGUUUGUGUGCAACAAAGAAACUUAUGGGUAUUUCCCAGUUCCAAUGCCCUCCCACGCUACCUUGCAGGAUGAGGGGGAGAGCUUCUUGCAUACUCAGCUUGAGGUCAUGGUGAAAAAUCCUCCACUGGAAGCCUCCAGCUUCCUGUCUCUUCCUCCCAAGCAGCCUACCAAGAUGGGCUUUGAUGAGGUGUUUAUGAUCAAUCUGGUGCGGAGAUCUGACCGUCGUGAACGAAUGCUAAGAACUCUGUACGAGCAGGAGCUCAGCUGUAAGGUUUUUGCUGCUGUGGAUGGCAAAGCUCUGAACAAGACUGACAUAGAGUCUAUAGGGAUUAAGAUGCUGCCAGAAUACAAAGACCCUUAUCACGGUCGACCUCUCACAAAGGGUGAACUGGGAUGUUUCCUCUCUCAUUACAACAUCUGGAAGGAGAUCGUAGAUCGUGGUCUGAAGGCCUCGCUGGUCAUUGAGGACGACCUCCGUUUCGAGGUGUUCUUCAAACGACGUCUGCAGACGUUGCUGCAGGAGGUGACGUUACACAAACUGGACUGGGAUCUCAUUUACAUUGGGCGAAAGCGAAUGCAGGUGGACCACCCCGAAACCUCUGUGCCCAACAUCCACAAUCUGGUAGAGGCGGACUACUCCUACUGGACACUGGGCUAUAUGUUGUCAUUACAAGGAGCCCAGAAGCUCCUCAGGGCUGAACCUCUGAGCAAGAUGCUUCCUGUUGAUGAGUUCCUCCCUGUCAUGUACAACAAACAUCCAGUUUCAGAGUAUAUGAAGCAUUUUGAGAGCCGGAACCUGCGUGCGUUUUCUGCCGAGCCGCUUCUGGUGUAUCCAACCCAUUACACGGGAGACCUGGGCUACAUCAGUGACACGGAAACAUCAGUGGUGUGGGACAACGAGACGCUCAAAACCGACUGGGACCGAGCCAAGUCUAGGAAAACUCAGGAGCAAGAGGAGCUGAGCUUUGAGGCCCAGAACUCUGACGUACUGCAGUCUGAACUGGAGAACUGGAGCGCAAGGGAUGAGCUGUGAUGAAGAGGAGAGGACAUGAGGAGGAGGGAUGGGAGAAUUCUCUGGUAUACAGCGAUAAGGCUGAGUGAGGUAGAACAAAGCUGUGACAGUGGGGGAAAUGGAUAAGAUGGAAGGAAUAGAACAGAAUGCAGGAGCAGAGGGAGAAAAGGCAGAGUAGAUGACAGACAAAUGCUUUUCCUUGUACUGUUCUCUCUCCGGUUGGUCAGUCAAUCAAGUUUAUUUGCAGCAUGCACAAGAUACAAUCACAGUGAAAUGUAAUUAUUUGAUCUAUCCGUUAUUUGAUCUUUCUCUGAAGAGAGGAGGUUGGAUGUAGAGUUAACUCUUGAAGAGUCAGCUAGCAGCUUUUGUUUUAUUUAUUGCAUCCAGCGCACAUCCCUUGACCACAGCCUGGCCCUGUAACAGCUCUGUGUUUUCAGAUGAUAACAUGCCACACUUUAUACCACAUGAUGCAAACAUUCCCCCUUUUUGUAUCUUUUAACAGAAACAAGAAAAACAAAUGUGAAAAAGAUGCAGUAUUUAGCCCAACUCUAAAAUGCCUCUAAAGGGCUUCUGGAAACAUUUCAACAACUUCAUCAGCAAAACUUCACCUAAUUAUAUGUUAAAGCUGCAGUAUGUUUUGGAGAUUGGAGCCCCUUAAGUAUACAAAGAUUAUGUUACAUGUUUUGUGUUGUGGUUUCAAUCCUGUUUGUUAAAAAUAAGCAACGUCUCCUCGUAACCCCUAAUCACCAGUUGCUUGUCUACUGGCUGUGAUGAGUUCUACCAAAGAGCGAUUUUCAAAGAGCAAUAGAAAGGUGUAGAAGAAAUCAUCUUGUGACCCCUCACAUUUAUCUUAUUGGGGACGUCAAGUGGGGAACCACUGCUCUGUCUUCCUGUCUUGCUGUCUAGUUAAGCUCCAAGUUAAAAAAAAGAGUGUUAUUUAAGUAAUUUUGUUACUUAAUAAUCUUAAUAAUGCAUUUUUUUAACUCAUGAAUGUAUCACUGUUUUCUUUCAUUUGCUGUUAUCGGUUAAGUGUUUCAUUUUGGUGCAUUUUGUCUGUUGAAGAUCAGAUAAACAAACCAUUUUUAGCAGCAGUUCAUGUUUUAUCUCUCAUUUAUGUUUACAGUGUUUUGUAAAGCUUUUUUAACCAAAGAAUUAAUAAAAACAUUCAUAAUGAAA